GCGGCCCGUGCGUCGGCGGUGGUUGGGUGGUAAGAUGGCGACUGUGAGUCUGCGGCUCGGCGACUUGGUGUGGGGGAAGCUCGGCCGGUAUCCUCCUUGGCCGGGAAAGAUUGUGAAUCCACCCAAAGACUUGAAGAAACCACGUGGAAAGAAAUGUUUCUUUGUCAAGUUUUUCGGAACAGAAGACCAUGCCUGGAUCAAAGUGGAGCAGCUCAAGCCAUAUCAUGCCCACAAAGAAGAAAUGAUCAAGAUUAAUAAGGGCAAGCGGUUCCAGCAGGCUGUGGAUGCCGUAGAAGAAUUCCUCAGGAGAGCCAAGGGGAAAGACCAGACAUCAUCCCACAGUUCUGCUGAUGACAAGAAUCGGCGUAAUUCCAGUGAGGAAAGAAGUAGGCCAAACUCAGGUGAUGAGAAGCGCAAACUUAGCCUGAAUGAAGGGAAGGUGAAGAAGAACGUGGGAGAAGGAAAGAAGAGGGUGACUUCAGGCUCUACAGAGAGAGGCUCCAAAUCCCCUCUGAAAAGAGCCCAAGAGCAAAGUCCCCGGAAGCGGGGUCGGCCCCCAAAGGAUGAGAAGGAUCUCACCAUCCCUGAGUCUAGUACCGUGAAGGGGAUGAUGGCUGGAUCAAUGGCCGCGUUUAAAUGGCAGCCGACAGUGAGCGAGCCCGUUAAAGAUGCAGACCCUCAUUUCCAUCACUUUCUCCUGAGCCAAACAGAGAAGCCAGCUGUCUGUUACCAGGCAAUCACGAAGAAGUUGAAAAUAUGUGAAGAGGAAACCGGUUCCACCUCUAUCCAGGCAGCAGACAGCACAGCUGUGAAUGGCAGCAUCACACCCACGGACAAAAAGAUAGGAUUUUUGGGCCUUGGUCUCAUGGGAAGUGGCAUCGUCUCCAACUUGCUAAAAAUGGGUCACACAGUGACUGUCUGGAACCGGACUGCAGAGAAAUGUGAUUUGUUCAUCCAGGAGGGGGCCCGCCUAGGAAGAACCCCCGCUGAAGUUGUUUCAACUUGUGACAUCACUUUCGCCUGUGUGUCGGAUCCUAAGGCAGCCAAGGAUCUGGUGCUGGGCCCCAGUGGUGUACUGCAAGGGAUUCGCCCGGGAAAGUGCUACGUGGACAUGUCAACAGUGGACGCUGACACUGUCACCGAGUUGGCCCAGGUGAUUGUGUCCAGGGGGGGCCGCUUUCUGGAAGCCCCAGUCUCAGGGAAUCAGCAGCUGUCUAAUGAUGGGAUGUUGGUGAUCUUAGCUGCCGGAGACAGGGGCUUGUACGAGGACUGCAGCAGCUGCUUCCAGGCGAUGGGGAAGACCUCCUUCUUUUUAGGUGAAGUUGGUAACGCAGCCAAGAUGAUGCUGAUUGUGAACAUGGUCCAAGGGAGCUUCAUGGCCACCAUCGCUGAGGGACUGACCCUGGCCCAGGUGACCGGACAGUCACAACAGACGCUCUUAGAUAUCCUUAAUCAGGGACAGUUGGCCAGCAUCUUCCUGGACCAGAAGUGUCAAAAUAUCCUACAAGGAAACUUUAAACCUGAUUUCUACCUGAAAUACAUUCAGAAGGAUCUUCGCUUAGCCAUUGCACUGGGUGAUGCCGUCAACCAUCCAACUCCUAUGGCAGCUGCAGCCAAUGAGGUGUACAAAAGAGCGAAGGCACUGGACCAGUCUGAUAAUGACAUGUCUGCCGUGUAUCGAGCCUACAUCCACUAAACCAUCAACAGCCACCCUGCCCCUCUACUCUUUCCUCUGACCCCUCUUCCUCACAUGGGGUCGAGGUCCUGGGACUUCAGUCUGGACCAGUCCAUCUGUCUGUAUUUCUUUUAUAGACUUUGAAAUUUGCCAUCAGCACAGCACACAGAACCCCUCCCUGAGGCCCUGGGGAGGGAAAGACAUCAGCAGGAUUAGCUUAUAGCAAAGCUCUUGAGCUGGGUGCUGGACCCAGACGCACAGUCUCUCACCCCUGGAUAGAAACUGCCCAGAAACUGCUGCCUGGCUUCAUUUCUUCCUCUAAACUUGACCUCCGAACCCUUCCAGCCAAGGACCUCGAAUCAGCAGCAACCAUGGAAGCCUUCCACAGCUCUCUGCAGUAGGAAGAGGCUGUGGUGUCCACACACCUGCUGGAUCCCCUGCAGGGAGAGGCUCUGGGCCCAGGUGAGCCCAAACAGACCCCAAACAAAGGAUCCCACAGGACCACCAGCCUCAGGUGAGCAAACGAGCAAGAAUUUCUUGUCAGACAGCAGCGUACAACCCAACUUGCCAUCGACACCUUUGUGAACUCAAAACGUCUGAAGACUGGCCAAGUCCUGCCGAGACAGGGAUCGGAAGCCCACACCCUUCACUGCUGCUCAGCGUGCCUGGCCGUGCAGCCCUGAGCUGGCCAAGAGCCUUGCUUCCCUGCCGGGAGCCUGCUCCUCACCAGGCUAUUAGUGUGUGGAUCUGCAUUCCAACCCUUGGGAAGAAUGGAAGGAGACAGAAGUUCCUUCCUGUUUCCGUUAUGCCACAGACAUGUCAGCUGGCUCUGAAGAGAGGCACUGUGCUCCAGGCCCCUCCUUGCUCCCACCUUCUCCACUCUGCCCUGCACGGCCCCCGCAUGCCCCUCUGCCUUCUGCUCCCUUUCCCCCAGGUAGACAGUGUUUCUGUCUGACCCAGACCAGCCUGACCAGUGGUGAGCCGCCUUGGGCUCAGCUUUGCUUCAGGAAUGCGAGUGUCUUCACUCCAGCCAGCAUCACAUUGCGUGGUCCUUGGUGCUCCCCAGGCCCGGGGCCUGCCCUAACCUGAACUGACUGACCGCAGAGGUGGUCUGGGACAGCCUGAGGCCCUGCCUUUCUCCUUGCACCAGGGACCAGAAGGGGCUUCAAGUGCUGAUAAGAACAAGGAGAAAUCACCCAAAGGAUGUCUGGUUUUUUUCCCUUCUGUGUGGGUUGGGGUUUCCAAAGUCACAAUUUGUAGAAGGUCAGCAUUUAUAGUGAAAUCUAUAUAACUAUAUAUAUAUAUAUAUAUAUAUAUAUAUAUGAGUUGGUCAUGGUGGGGUGAGGCCUCCUCACAACCUUGCCCAUUUUUCACCGAUUAAAAACCUGUAUUGGAGGGUCUCAGAAGACAUUGAGGGAGGGCAGGGGAGAAGCCCUUGGGGGUUUCACGCAGUUGUUUAUUCCACUGGGAUUUGGGGCUCCCUUGUAGAGUCCUGGGGAUGUUGAGGGGUAGCAAUGGGGGACAUGCUGUAAUGAAACCGGUUAGUCAAUGUUGUCUUAAUAUUGUUGACAAUUCUGUAAAGUCCCUUUUUAAGAAUAUUUCUGUUUAAGAUAUUUCACCUUUGUUUUGAAAUCCUUCCCUUCUAAAGAGAAAAUGUGACAUUUGUGAAAAAGCUUGUAAGAGAGCCCCUCCCCCGUUUUUUUUCCUUUAAGCCUCCUUUAAACGACAAAUCUAGGUAAUUAAGGUUGUGAAUUUUUAUUUUUGCUUUGUUUUUAAUGAACAUUUGUCUUUCAGAAUAGGAUUGUGCGAUAAUGUUUAAAUGGCAAAAACAUGAUUUUGUGCAAUUAACAAAGCUACUGCAAGAAAAAUAAAACAUUUCUUGGUAACACA